AGACAUGUUAAACAAAGGGUCUACACGAAGCAAGAUUUUUACUCGCACUCGAAAUAAUAUGUUAGAAGAUAUUUAUAAAGGCAUUGACGAAGCACCUAUAAGUAGUGAGAAAAAGAAAGAAUUAAAACAGAGAUUAAAAGUCCUGGCUUCCAAACACAUAAAAGAUCCAUUAACGAGCAGUGCAACGGAUUGUUUCUUAAGUGACCUCAACGAUAUUAUGGAUAAACUGCCUUUAUCAGAAGGUGAGAAAAACGCAUUAAAAUCUAAUCUCUCAAGGACUGUCCGUGAUAAUAUCAAUAAAUACCAAAACGACAUACGAAAAAUUGAAAGCAAAAAAGAUAGGACAUCAUCUGACAUUGAUUCUUCUCCAGAGGGAGACCUUGAAAAAUCACUUAACAAACGCAGAAAAGAGCGAACAUCCGCAGAUGAUUGGUCUCUAGACAGAGAUUUUGGGAAAUCCCCUGACAAACGUAGAAAAGAAAGAACAUCCGCAGAUGAUCGGUCUCUAGACAGAGAUUCGAAUGAAGACAUGUUUAACAAAGGGUCUACACGAAGCAAGAUUUUUACUCGCACUCGAAAUAAUAUGUUAGAAGAUAUUUAUAAAGGCAUUGACGAAGCACCUAUAAGUAGUGAGAAAAAGAAAGAAUUAAAACAGAGAUUAAAAUUCCUGGCUUCCAAACACAUAAAGGAUCCAUUAACGAGCAGUGCAACGGAUUGUUUCUUAAGUGACCUCAACGAUAUUAUGGAUAAACUGCCUUUAUCAGAAGGUGAGAAAAACGCAUUAAAAUCUAAUCUCUCAAGGACCAUCCGUGAUAAUAUCAAUAAAUACCAAAACGACAUACAAAAACUUGAACGCAAAAAAGAUAGAACAUCAUCUGACAUUGAUUCUUCUCCAGAGGGAGACCUUGAAAAAUCACUUAACAAACGCAGAAAAGAGCGAACAUCCGCAGAUGAUUGGUCUCUAGACAGAGAUUUUGGGAAAUCCCCUGACAAACGUAGAAAAGAAAGAACAUCCGCAGAUGAUCGGUCUCUAGACAGAGAUUCGAAUGAAGACAUGUUUAACAAAGGGUCUACACGAAGCAAGAUUUUUACUCGCACUCGAAAUAAUAUGUUAGAAGAUAUUUAUAAAGGCAUUGACGAAGCACCUAUAAGUAGUGAGAAAAAGAAAGAAUUAAAACAGAGAUUAAAAGUCCUGGCUUCCAAACACAUAAAAGAUCCAUUAACGAGCAGUGCAACGGAUUGUUUCUUAAGUGACCUCAACGAUAUUAUGGAUAAACUGCCUUUAUCAGAAGGUGAGAAAAACGCAUUAAAAUCUAAUCUCUCAAGGACCAUCCGUGAUAAUAUCAAUAAAUACCAAAACGACAUACAAAAACUUGAACGCAAAAAAGAUAGAACAUCAUCUGACAUUGAUUCUUCUCCAGAGGGAGACCUUGAAAAAUCACUUAACAAACGCAGAAAAGAGCGAACAUCCGCAGAUGAUCGGUCUCUAGACAGAGAUUCGAAUGAAGACAUGUUUAACAAAGGGUCUACACGAAGCAAGAUUUUUACUCGCACUCGAAAUAAUAUGUUAGAAGAUAUUUAUAAAGGCAUUGACGAAGCACCUAUAAGUAGUGAGAAAAAGAAAGAAUUAAAACAGAGAUUAAAAGUCCUGGCUUCCAAACACAUAAAAGAUCCAUUAACGAGCAGUGCAACGGAUUGUUUCUUAAGUGACCUCAACGAUAUUAUGGAUAAACUGCCUUUAUCAGAAGGUGAGAAAAACGCAUUAAAAUCUAAUCUCUCAAGGACUGUCCGUGGUAAUAUCAAUAAAUACCAAAACGACAUACAAAAACUUGAACGCAAAAAAGAUAUAACAUCAUCUGACAUUGAUUCUUCUCCAGAGGGAGACCUUGAAAAAUCACUUAACAAACGCAGAAAAGAGCGAACAUCCGCAGAUGAUUGGUCUCUAGACAGAGAUUUUGGGAAAUCCCCUGACAAACGUAGAAAAGAAAGAACAUCCGCAGAUGAUCGGUCUCUAGACAGAGAUUCGAAUGAAGACAUGUUUAACAAAGGGUCUACACGAAGCAAGAUUUUUACUCGCACUCGAAAUAAUAUGUUAGAAGAUAUUUAUAAAGGCAUUGACGAAGCACCUAUAAGUAGUGAGAAAAAGAAAGAAUUAAAACAGAGAUUAAAAGUCCUGGCUUCCAAACACAUAAAAGAUCCAUUAACGAGCAGUGCAACGGAUUGUUUCUUAAGUGACCUCAACGAUAUUAUGGAAAAACUGCCUUUAUCAGAAGGUGAGAAAAACGCAUUAAAAUCUAAUCUCUCAAGGACUGUCCGUGAUAAUAUCAAUAAAUACCAAAACGACAUACGAAAAAUUGAAAGCAAAAAAGAUAGGACAUCAUCUGACAUUGAUUCUUCUCCAGAGGGAGACCUUGAAAAAUCACUUAACAAACGCAGAAAAGAGCGAACAUCCGCAGAUGAUUGGUCUCUAGACAGAGAUUUUGGGAAAUCCCCUGACAAACGUAGAAAAGAAAGAACAUCCGCAGAUGAUCGGUCUCUAGACAGAGAUUCGAAUGAAGACAUGUUUAACAAAGGGUCUACACGAAGCAAGAUUUUUACUCGCACUCGAAAUAAUAUGUUAGAAGAUAUUUAUAAAGGCAUUGACGAAGCACCUAUAAGUAGUGAGAAAAAGAAAGAAUUAAAACAGAGAUUAAAAGUCCUGGCUUCCAAACACAUAAAAGAUCCAUUAACGAGCAGUGCAACAGAUUGUUUCUUAAGUGACCUCAACGAUAUUAUGGAUAAACUGCCUUUAUCAGAAGGUGAGAAAAACGCAUUAAAAUCUAAUCUCUCAAGGACUGUCCGUGGUAAUAUCAAUAAAUACCAAAACGACAUACAAAAACUUGAACGCAAAAAAGAUAGAACAUCAUCUGACAUUGAUUCUUCUCCAGAGGGAGACCUUGAAAAAUCACUUAACAAACGCAGAAAAGAGCGAACAUCCGCAGAUGAUUGGUCUCUAGACAGAGAUUUUGGGAAAUCCCCUGACAAACGUAGAAAAGAAAGAACAUCCGCAGAUGAUCGGUCUCUAGACAGAGAUUCGAAUGAAGACAUGUUUAACAAAGGGUCUACACGAAGCAAGAUUUUUACUCGCACUCGAAAUAAUAUGUUAGAAGAUAUUUAUAAAGGCAUUGACGAAGCACCUAUAAGUAGUGAGAAAAAGAAAGAAUUAAAACAGAGAUUAAAAUUCCUGGCUUCCAAACACAUAAAGGAUCCAUUAACGAGCAGUGCAACGGAUUGUUUCUUAAGUGACCUCAACGAUAUUAUGGAUAAACUGCCUUUAUCAGAAGAUGAGAAAAACGCAUUAAAAUCUAAUCUCUCAAGGACUAUCCGUGAUAAUAUCAAUAAAUACCAAAACGACAUACAAAAAAUUGAAAGCAAAAAAGAUAGGACAUCAUCUGACAUUGAUUCUUCUCCAGAGGGAGACCUUGAAAAAUCACUUAACAAACGCAGAAAAGAGCGAACAUCCGCAGAUGAUCGGUCUCUAGACAGAGAUUCGAAUGAAGACAUGUUUAACAAAGGGUCUACACGAAGCAAGAUUUUUACUCGCACUCGAAAUAAUAUGUUAGAAGAUAUUUAUAAAGGCAUUGACGAAGCACCUAUAAGUAGUGAGAAAAAGAAAGAAUUAAAACAGAGAUUAAAAUUCCUGGCUUCCAAACACAUAAAGGAUCCAUUAACGAGCAGUGCAACGGAUUGUUUCUUAAGUGACCUCAACGAUAUUAUGGAUAAACUGCCUUUAUCAGAAGGUGAGAAAAACGCAUUAAAAUCUAAUCUCUCAAGGACUGUCCGUGGUAAUAUCAAUAAAUACCAAAACGACAUACGAAAAAUUGAAAGCAAAAAAGAUAGGACAUCAUCUGACAUUGAUUCUUCUCCAGAGGGAGACCUUGAAAAAUCACUUAACAAACGCAGAAAAGAGCGAACAUCCGCAGAUGAUUGGUCUCUAGACAGAGAUUUUGGGAAAUCCCCUGACAAACGUAGAAAAGAAAGAACAUCCGCAGAUGAUCGGUCUCUAGACAGAGAUUCGAAUGAAGACAUGUUUAACAAAGGGUCUACACGAAGCAAGAUUUUUACUCGCACUCGAAAUAAUAUGUUAGAAGAUAUAUAUAAAGGCAUUGACGAAGCACCUAUAAGUAGUGAGAAAAAGAAAGAAUUAAAACAGAGAUUAAAAGUCCUGGCUUCCAAACACAUAAAAGAUCCAUUAACGAGCAGUGCAACGGAUUGUUUCUUAAGUGACCUCAACGAUAUUAUGGAUAAACUGCCUUUAUCAGAAGGUGAGAAAAACGCAUUAAAAUCUAAUCUCUCAAGGACUGUCCGUGAUAAUAUCAAUAAAUACCAAAACGACAUACAAAAACUUGAACGCAAAAAAGAUAGGACAUCAUCUGACAUUGAUUCUUCUCCAGAGGGAGACCUUGAAAAAUCACUUAACAAACGCAGAAAAGGAAGAACAUCCACAGAAAUUGAUUCUACUCAAGAGGAAGAGUUUGAGAAAUCGCCUGACAAACGCAGAAAAGAGCGAACAUCCGCAGAUGAUUGGUCUCUAGACAGAGAUUUUGGAAAAUUGCCUGCCAAACGCAAAACGGAAAGAACGUCCGCAGAAAUUGAUGCUCCUCUAGACAGAGAUUUUGAGAAAUCGGCUGGCAAACGUAGAAAAGAAAGAACAUCUGCAGAAGGAGCUGAUCGGUCUCUAGAUGGAGAUUUUGAUAGAUCACCUGAUAGACGCAAAUCUCAAAGACCAUCCAUAGAAGAAGCUGAUCCGUCUCUGGAGAGAGAUCAUAAAAAAUCUACUGACAGACGCAAAAAGCAGAGAACAUCCUUUGAAGAAGAAGAAGAUCUUCAAAAAUCUCCUGACACACGCAAAAAACAGAGAACAUCCAUUGAAGAAGUGGAUCUUGAUAAAUCUACUGACAGACGCAAAAAACAGAGAACAUCCUUUGAAGAAGCAGAUGAUUCUCAAGAAAGAGAUCUUCAAAAAUCUCUUGAUGGACGCAAAAAACAGAAAACAUCCAUAGAAGGAGCUGAAUUUGAAAAAUAUCCUGGCAAACGCAAAAAAGAUAGAACAUCCGUAGAAGAGGGUGAUCCGUCUCUAGACAGAGAUUCGAAUGAAGAGAUGUUAAACAAAUUUGGGUCUACACGAAGCAAGAUUUUUAAUCGCACUCGAAACAAUAUCUUAGAAGAUAUUUAUAAAGGCAUUGACGGAGCACCUUUAAGUAGUGAGAAGAAGAAAGAAUUAAAACAGAGAGUCAAAUUCCUGGCUUCCAAACACCUAAUAGAUCCACUAACGAGCAGUGCAACGGAUUCUUUCUUAAGUGACAUCAACGAUAUUAUGGAUAAACUGCCUUUAUCAGAAGCUGAGAAAAACGCAUUAAAAUCUAAUCUCUCAAGGACUACCCGUGAUAAUAUCAAUAAAUACCAAAACGACAUACAUAAAAUGGAACGCAAAAAAGACAGAACAUCUGUAGAAGAAGGUGGUGAUCCGUCUCUAGACAGAGAUUCGAAUGAAGAGAUGUUUAACAAAUUUGGGUCUACACGAAGCAAGAUUUUUACUCGCACUCGAAAUAAUAUCUUAGAAGAUAUUUAUAAAGGCAUUGACGGAGCACCUAUAAGUAGUGCGAAGAAGAAAGAAUUAAAACAGAGAGUCAAAUUCCUGGCUUCCAAACACCUAAUAGAUCCACUAACGAGCAGUGCAACGGAUUCUUUCUUAAGUGACAUCAACGAUAUUAUGGAUAAACUGCCUUUAUCAGAAGAUGAGAAAAACACUUUAAAAUCUAAUCUCUCAAGGUCACUCCGUGAUAAUAUCAAUAAAUACCAAAAGGAAAUAAAUAAAAUUGAACGGAAAAAUUUACAGACUAAAGAAGACAAUUAUCGAAAUAGACGUAAUAAACAGGCAGCUGAUGAGAACCCGGACUCCUCAAGUCAUGUCUUUAGGAGAAAAGAGACCAAGAGUUUAGAGCAUGUAAGAAGCCGUGCUGAGCACGACAUAUUUCAGGAUGAAAUCGAAGACGAUGUAAAAAGACAUAACAUUACAGGUGAGAAAGCGAGAGUCUCUCUGGUGUCCGACGACGGCACUGUUCUACGGGGAAAAGAAAGUAUUUUGCAAUGGAUAACGGAGACGGUCGAUGAGUCAGACAUAUCCGAUGAAAAAAAGAAACAAAUAAAAAUUAAACUGAGUAAAAUGGCACGAGAAAGCUGGAAUGAAUUUGAAAAUAUCCAAGAAGCAUUAAAAGUUGUAAUAGGAGAAAUUGAUCACGGAGGAGAAGAGGAUCAUCGAGAAAGCGACGCGUAUUAUGACAAUGUUACAGACCCGAAUGAUGAAAGUCUAGAGUCUUAUCAAUAUAGUUCAAUGGACGAUGAUGAGUAUGGUAGUGGCCAAGGAGAAAAAACAUUACUCCCAAACAAUAAAACUAGAGAGAAAGAAAUUUGCUUGCAAGUUAUGGACAAGGUAAUCUAUAAUUCACCCUUCGUUCACGAGAAAAAGAUAGGAAUUGAGAGCCUCAUUCAAGACGGUACUUUAUCCAGAUUUGAAAAUACUGUCGAAGUAGCACCCAUAGCUAAAAAGAAAAAACAGCAAUUGAAGAGUAUACUUAAAGUAAUGUAUGAACUCGCUAGUACUACUAUCAUUAAUAUGAAUAAAUCUCAAAGUGAAAUCUCGAACAUCAUCCAACAACAACGGAACAUCGAACGCAAAUAUAAACAAUUUAGACGAGACGGUUACAGAAGAAGAUUAAUAUCCUUAGAAGAAGUAAAUCCAUAUUUAGCUAAAGAGAGUAUCAUGCAUGGAAUGGAAAACGCUAUAGAAAUAUCAAACAUUCCGUAUGACCAGAAGAAAGAAUUGCACUAUAAACUCGACAAAAUGGCGGCAGAGAACUUACAGCAACCUUUAUCUGCGGAUGUGCAAAAAGCUGUAAAGACAGAAAUAAGUAGAAUAAUGAAGGAAAUGCCAAUACCCAAAGACGAAAGAAGCAAGUUAAGACGUGGACUGAAACACUCAGUUGAUGACAGUCUUGAGUUCUUACGGGAUGCAACAAAAAACUUAGAACUCAAUGUCCUUAGUGAUGUAUUACGCUAUACUGAAAAGGUAAAUACAGAAGCGCCAAUAUCUAAACACGAGAUGGAAUUUAAACAGAAACUAAGCAGAAUAGCUAACUUAGAGCAACCAUCAUCUGUUGACGUUCAAAAAUCUUUAAAUAAUGAAAUAGAAGGUAUAUUAAAUGAAUUGUCGAUACCGACAGUAGAAAAUGAACGCUUUGCUUAUAAAAACUUCAAUAGCCCAAUAUUUGAAAGUACUCUAAAUAUACCACAACUACCAGCAGACAAGAAAAAACGAAUAAAAAGUUAUUGGACCGAAGCAGUAAACGAAAAUAUAUCAGUUGUUCAAAACGAAAUCGCCGACACUGAGGAUGGAACUCGCGGUAAAAAAAUAAGUGCAGAGCAACAAAGAGUUAAGCAGGAACUUGUCUUAGAAGCAAUGAAGAAGACUAUAGAAGAAUCAAAUAUGCCGGAACGAAAAAAGAAAAAAAUUAGAAAGAAACUAAACGCAAUUGCAGAAGAUAACAAAAACGAUCCACUGUCUGCAAAUGUGCAGAAAGCAUUAAAAGUCGUGGUAGGAGAAAUAUUAGUACAAAUAAAGAAACCUAAAGACGAUAUGUCAACACCAAAUUUAGUUGGAGAUGUUUCUGCUGCUCAACGUCAAAAGCGAAAAAAAAAGUCAUUAACACCCCUAGAAAACAUUGACCCGUCCCUAGCAAGAGUGAGUAUCUUACAAGGAUUGGAUACCACAAUCGAAAACUCAAACAUUCACGAAGAGAAUAAAAGAGAAUUGCAAACUAAACUGAACAAAAUGACCGAAGAUAAAUUGCAGCAACCCUUAUCUCCUGACGUGAAAAAAGCCGUCAAAGCAGGAAUUGGAGAUAUAUUAAAGGAAAUACCAAUACCCAAAGAAGAAAGAAGCAAGUUAAGACGCGGACUGAAACACUCAGUUGAUGACAGUCUUGAGUCUUUACGUGAUACAAGUGUAAGGGAGGAAACACACACAACGAAUUUGGAAAACAUUGUUGAAAAUGUAUUACAUGAUCUUGAGAAUUCACUAGACGAUUUAAACCAAAACCAGGAUAAUAGAGACCUUGUUACUUCCACUCGAAACAAUUUGAUAGAUAGAUUUUAUAGAACCGUCGAAGAAGCACCUAUAAGUGCUGAGCAAAAGCCAGAUUUAAACCAGAAACUUAAAGACGUGGCCUACCAACAUUUAACAGGACCAUUAACGAGUGAUCCAACGGAAAAUAUAAUAGAUGGCAUCGACAAUAUUUUAGAUCAAAUGCCUUUAUCGCAAGAUCAGAAGAAAAAAUUAAGAUUUGAUCUCACAAAAAAUGUUUAUAAAACUAUUCAGGAAUACAAAAGCAAAUUAGCAGAUAUUCCAUGGCAAACUUUUAAGUCAAAAAGAGACAGUACUCGAAAUACACAUAACAUCUCGAAAACUUCAAUAAACACACAAGAAUUUGAUUCCUCUCAAAUAAAAGAUAGAAUAACGCCAGGUAAAGAAGAAAAUAAACGUGAUGAACGUGGAGGGGAGACCAUAACUAGAACAUUUAUAAGCAGAGAAGUAGGUGAUCCAUCUCAAGCAAAAGCUAAAACAAUUCCAGAAGAAGAUGAAAAUGAAUCAGAUGAACGUAAAGGGGUAACCAUAACUAAAACGUUUAUAAGCAGAGAAGUAGGUGAUCCAUCUCAAGCAAAAGAUAGAAUAAUGCCAGGAAAAGAAGAAAAUGAACCAGAUGAACGAAAAGGGGAGACCAUAACUAAAACGUUUAUAACCAGAAAAGAAGGUGAUGCAUCUCAAGCAAGAGCUAGAAUAAUAGCAGAAAAAGGAGCAUCGCCUAAGCAUGUAUUAAAAGAUGAAGAAGCACCAGGCAAAAAAGGCGAUAAAGUUAAAAUUCCUUUUGAAGAAAUCGAUCCAGUAAAGGCAAAAGAACGCAUUUUACAAGACAUGGAGAAGGCUAUUGAAGACGCGCCCAUUUCGGAAGAAAAGAAGAUAGAAUUAAAGAAAAAACUAAACAAAAUGGUGGCUGAGAACUUGAAGCGUCCACUAUCUGAAGGCACACAAGACGCAAUGAAAAAUGAGAUACAAGAAAUAUUAAAGGUUCUAAAUAUACCCGAAAACGAAAAGAAUAAAUUGAAAAACUACCUCAAGCAGGCUGUUGAUGAGAAUCUAUCGUUAUUACGUUUGGGGGAGUCAAGAAGCCAGAUUGAGCACAAUAUUUUCUAUGAUUUAGAAGACUCCGUUCAUGGAUCACCACUUUUCUUAAAGAAAGAAACCACGGUUAUGAAUAACGAACACUACUCCAAUAGACCUUCAUCUGACGAUGUUCAGUUUGCUAGAAAAGGUAAUAUACCAAAUGAUGACAGGAAAAGAAUAUCACAGACUAAACAAGACUCUCGCACAGAUAAAUUUACAGGUAGAUCAUUAACACCCUUAGAGAAAGUUGAUCCAUCUCUAGCUAGAGAGAGCAUCAUGCAAGGAAUGGAGAAGACAAUCGAAAACUCAGCCAUUCCAGAUGAGAAUAAAAAAGAAUUGCAAAAUAAACUCAACAAAAUGGCUUCAGAUACAUUACAACAGCCUUUAUCUGCCGACGUGCAAAAAGCCGUGAAAUCAGGAAUUGGAGAUAUAUUAAAGGAAAUGCCAAUACCCAAAGAAGAAAGAAGCAAGUUAAGACGUGGACUGAAACACUCAGUUGAUCAAAGUCUUGAGUCUUUACGCGAUUCAACAAAACUAAAGGAGCAUGAGAAAUUAGAACACAAUGCUCCAGAUAAAUUAAGCAAUAUUGUAAAGUUAAGCGAAACAUCAAUUGUCUCUAAACCAGACAGCCUAAAAGCUCGUUUUUCCAACAGACCGUCAUCUGAUGAUGUUCAGUUCCCUAGAAAAGGUAACAUAAAUGAUAGUCCAAAAGUACAGACCAGUACUUUGGGAAAUAAUGGUGAACUAUCAAAAGCAAAUCAUAUUUUUGAAGAUAUAGAAAAGGCUAUUAAUGAUUCGCCCAUUUCUGAAGAAAAAAAGGCGGAGUUGAGAAAUAAAUUAAGCAAAAUGGCCGAUGGCAAUAUAGAUUUAUCUCCUGAAGGAAAAGAUCGCCUAAAAAAUGGAAUAGAAGGCAUUAUUAAUGAACUUCCAUUACUUAAAGCUGACAAAAAUAAAUUACUAUCCAAGGUUGAUGAAAACUUUGAUUCUUUAAUAGAAAAAGAAAAAAAAGAACUGCAAGUCUUAGAAAAUCUUUCUAAAAACAACACAAUACAAGCACUCGAAGAACUCAUAGAUGAAGCAGAUAUACCUGAAGAGAUGAAAAAUGAGUUGAAAGAGAAAAUUAAAGAAUUGGCUAGAAAUAAAUUCGAUAGACGACUAUCCAAUUAUGUUCGGGAUGAAUUCAUUGACGGCAUCAAUGAUAUUAUAGAUGGAUUGGAUUUACCUAAAGACAUGAAAGACAAAAUGAAAUCUGAAUUUAAAGAAACAGUUGACGAUGGCCUCAGCGUCUUCCUGAAAUUAAAACAGAUGCAUCCUUCGAUUCAUCCGCAAAGCAUGCAAAAAGAAGGUGAGAAAGUACAUGAUCUAACAGAAUUUGAUCCAGAAAAAGCUAAAGAGAGUAUCAAAAUGGGUAUAAAGAGAAGUGUGAAAAGAUCACUCCUUCCGAGUCUGGCUAAGAAAAAAUUGCAAAGUGAACUGGCUGAUAUGAUUGAUAAAGAAGAGCUCAUCUAUAAGGCUACAAAAAAAGAGGAUGUAGAUCCCAGCUAUAUAAAAAAAUUAGAAUCAAGUAUAAUGCGUGAAUUAAGAGAUACUGGACUGAGUGGUGAUAUUGACAGUAUAAGAAGCAAACUCAUAGAAAAAAUUAUGCGUGAAACACAUUUACCAGAAGAAGAAGCAAUGAAAUUGGCCGAUCAAAUAAUCAAAAGAGGACUGGGAAUGCCUCCGUCAUUUGGUGCCCAAGGCAAACGUGGCCUAAUAGCAUUGUCGGCUGCAGAAAUAUUAAACAAAAUGCCAUACAGUGCAGAUGAUGAGCUGGCAUUGGAGGAAAGAAGGAAAAUUUUUGAAGACAAAUGUCAUAAUGACAUUUCUGACGCCAUAACUAAUGCUGUUGAUAAGUCUUCCCUCCCAGAGGAUAAAAAAACAGAUUUGAAAUCUACAUUAUUAAGCAAAUUAGAUGAAGAGUUGCAGAAAAAACCGAUUGCCAACCAGCAAGAUUUUUAUAACUUCACAGAUGAUAUAUUAGAAAACUGUAAGAAUAUUGUUGAUAAUGAAUCCGAUAUUCCCAGCGAUAACAAAAGUGAACUCAAGACACUGUUGGACAAUGAGUUUAAUAAGAAAAUGUUUGAAAGUAAAUGUAAAUAUUUCUUUACUCCAGCCAUAAAUAAUGCAGUUGAUCGAUCUUCUAUUUCUGAGACUACAAAAGCCCAUUUGAAAUCUACGUUAUUAAACAAAUUAGACGAAAACAUUCAGAAAAAACCAAUUACGACCCAGGAAGAUUUGGAGUUCAUGAAUAAUGACUUAUUAAAAGAUUUCAAGAAAAUGAUUAAUAAUAGAACUGACAUUUCUAACGAGCAGAAAACUGAACUCAAAGCAUUGUUGGAUGAAGAGCUUAAUAAGAAAAUGUUUCAAAAUAAAUGUCAAAAUUUUAUCGCCGAUGCUAUAACUGAUGCCGUUGAUAAAUCAACUAUUACUGAAACUCAAAAAACAGACUUGGCACCUAAGUUAUUAAGCAAAUUAGAUGAGAACGUUCAGAAAACAUCGAUUUUGUCCCAGAAAGAUUUUGAUAACGCUACAGCUGAAAUUUUAAAAGAUAGUAAGGAAAUUGUUGAUAAUGAACCUGAUAUUUCUAUUGACAACAAAAAUGAACUCAAGAAACUGUUGGACGAAGCUUUUAAUAAGAAAAUGUUUGAAAAUAAAUGUAAAAAUUUAAUUUCUACGGGUAUACAUAAUGCUAUUAAUAGGUCUUCUAUGGCAGAGGACAAAAAAUUAGAUUUGAUAUCUUCUCUAGAAAGCAAACUAGACGAAAGCACUCGUAAAACAACGAUGGCGAGCCAGGAAGACUUUAAUAAGCUAGUUGACGAAAUGUUAAAAGAUAGCAAGGAAAUUGUUGAUAAUAAUGAAUUUGAUAUUUCAAAUGACCAGAAAACCGAGGUCAAAUCUCUGUUGGAGGAGGAGUUCGAAAAGUUAAAGUUUAAAAAUAAAUGUCAAAAUGUAAUUGCUAAUGCUAUAAUUGAUGCCGUUGAGCGAUCUUCUAAUCCUGAGAGCGUUAAAGCAGAUAUGAAACCAUUAUUAUUGAGCAAAUUACAAGGACAAUUAGAGAAAACACCAAUAACUAAUCAGACGGACUUAGAAAACUUCAUGCCUAAAAUCUUAGGGGAGGAAAAGAAUGUUGUUAAUGACCAACCUGAUAUGCCUAUAGACAAGAAAAAUGAACUCAAAUCACUUUUGGAAGAAGAAUUUAAGAACAAAAUGUUUGAAAAUAAAUGUCAAGAUUUAAUUGCUACUGCUGUAACUAAUGCGGUUGAUAGAUCUUCUAGUCCUGACAGUAUAAAAGAAGGUUUAAUACCAUUAUUAUUGAACAAAUUAGAAGAACAAUUUCAGAAAACACCAAUAACUACUCAGAAAGACUUUGAAAACUUCGUGCCUGAACUUAUGUGGGAGGAAAAGAAUAUUGUUGAUAACUACUCUGAUAUGCCUAUGGAUAAGCAAAGUGAACUCAAAGCACUGUUGGAUGAAGAAUUUAAAAACAAAAUAUUUGAAAAUAAAUGUGCAAACUUAAUUUCUACAGCUAUAACUAAUGCGGUUGAUAAAUCUUCUAAUCCUGAAAGUGUAAAAGAAGAUUUAAAACCUUCAUUACUAGUCCAAUUGAAUGAAAAUUUUCAGAAAUCACCAAUUCUUACCCAGAAUGAUUUCGAAAGAAUGGCACCUAAAUUAUUGUUAGAUAGUAAGAAAAUUGUUGAUAAUAGAACAGAUAUUCCUACUGACAAGAAAAAAGAACUGAUACUGCUGUUGGAAGAAGAGUUUAAACAAAAAAUGUUUGAAAAUAAAGGUCAACAUUUAAUUAGCACAGCUGUCAGUGAUGCUAUUAAUCAAUCUUCUAUUCCUGAGAUUACUAAAGCAGAUCUGAAGUCUUCUAUACUAAACAAAUUAGAUGAAAAAAUUCAGCAACAUCCAAUUGCUACUAUUCAAGAUUUGGAAUAUAUUAAAAAUGAAAUAUUAAAUGAUAGCAAGGACAUCGUUGAUAAUGAACAUAAUAUUGACAACGACGAGAAAACUGAAGUGAAAUUUCUAUUGACCGAAGCGUUGGAUGGUCUAAAUGACGUAAUUAAAUCUUUACGAGUAAGCUUUGAAGGACUUCGCGACGACGUUCGAAAAUUCAACAGAUCCGCGAGUAUUCAGAUACCGCAAGAAUACACUGAAAAUCUUUCAAAAUUAAUUCAAUCUUGGGUAGAAGCCUUGCCCGUGGCUAUAGAUCCAGCAGCCCAACCGGGAGUUGUAAAGGAUCUAACAAAUGAUAUAAUAGACCGUCUGAAGUAUUUGAAAGUACAAGAUGGAGCGAUAUGUUCUAAUAAGGAUGAACUGGAAAAUCUAAAGUAUCAAGUGUUUAGGAGAUUCAAUAAGCUAGUGCACCACCAAGACAUGCCGCCGAUUAUGGAAGCUACACCAGAGUUGUUCAAGAUGAUCACGGGUUUAGGAGCUCCCGACAAUUAUCCUGGAUUGCGACAUCCCAGUAUCACAGACGGCCAAGAUGGAGGAUCAACCAGGCCAACUGCAAAAGAGUUAGAGGAAAUCAGAAAGAAAAUGAAUGGAGAAAUAGGAGACAUUUUAGCUAACUGUGGAUUAGAUGAAAAGGAAAGAGAGGCGUUGCAGGCAAGUCUAGGCAACGAGUUAGAAAGAUUGGCUAAGAGUGGAGCUACCCCUGAAGAAAUGAGAAGAGCAUUGAUAGAAAAAAUCAAGAAAGAAAGUAACAUGACAGAUGAAGAAGCUGAGCAAUUGGCUGACAAACUCUUAGGGGUUGCCAAAAAUCUCUCUCUGGCAUCAAAGUUUCAAGGGGCAGGAAGGCCUUCGGUUAAUAGGACCUCGCAAAUGAGAGAUCGGCCCUCGCAAUCACAGAAACGAGAUUCUUCAAAGCAAAGAAGGGAUAGCUAUCCACCAGGAAAGAGCAGAGAUAUUUCUGCGGCGAGACGCUGGCCGUGCUGUGGAAAGAGUCCCGUCCAGAGAAAAGAUUUCCAGGAAGCAAUGCUAAGGGAACUUGGUGAUGUUUUCCAUGGUUGUCCAAUGUCAGAGGAAAAAAGAAAGUUAAUGGAGAGACAACUAGCUGAGCAGUAUGCUAGAGAAUUAGGAAUUCCUUUGGAAGAUGGUGAUUUUUCAGAAGACAGGAAAUUAGACCCUGUUAUCACAGCUACCGUGAAUGAUUGGGUAAGGGCGUUACCAAUAACCAUCACGACUAACCAAGAAGACAAUGAUUUGGAAAACGACAAGCUGGAGUUAAUCACAAGAUUGAAUGAAAUAAUACCUAUGGGAGAUUUUUCAAAAGUAAAUGGAGAAGUCCACAGAUUCAUGCAACGAGUACCAUUGGAUCCUGAAUUAAAGAAUGAUGAAGAAUUUAUGAAUAAAAAGUCUCGCGAACUUAUAGAUAAUCUUAUAUCUGGAGCAAGAAGAAGAGGAAGCCGCUAUGGUAUGAGUUUCAAUGGACUCACAGAUUACAUAGAAGCUUGGUUAAAUAAUUUACACAUCGACGAUCCAACAAAAGGAGAAGAACAAAUGAAAGAUAUGAAAAAAGAUAUGGCAUAUAAUUUAGUUCACAAAAUAGGAGAAAUGAAUGUCGAUCCAGAAAUAUUUAAUGAUAAUCUACUUUAUGAAGAUGUUUUGAGAGAUGAGAUAGAAAAUAUGUUGGCUGGUGUAACAAUUACCGAUCCCAAUUUACAAGAAUUGAAAGAUGAACUUGUUGCUAAAGCAUUAGAAGCUCGGCGAAGAGCUCAUGAUGAGAUGGUAGGACAAAACUAUAAACAGAAUUUACGCGACACUAUAUCAAACAUGUUACCGGACCAAAGGAAUAUGUCAUACGACGAGCAAGCCAGUCUGGAAAUAUUGAAAGAUCAAUUGGCUGAUGCUUUCAUUAAUUUGCACUAUUCAGGUAAUGAUGAUAAUUUAAGAGGACAAAUCAAAAGAAAAAUAUCGAGUGAGAUAGCCGCCUUCUGCAAUAAUUACAUGAGGCGACAUCCAGGAAUACCUUUAAACAGUCAAAAGUUAAAUUACGAUCUAUAUACUGCUUUGAAUGAUGUCCCAUUACCUUGUGGUGAUUCUAUGAGAUACGAAGUAGAACAGGCAAGAAUAAGAGAAGAAAUUGAUGAGUGGGUUAGAGACUUACCAUUAGAGCCACAGAGCGCAGCUGAGCUUUUAGCUAGGAACAAAAUGGUAUAUGUGCUAUCAAAAAAAAUAUUUGAUAUUGAAGUCGAAGCUGAUGACAAAGUUGAAUUAAUGAGAAAGCGAAUACUAGAAUUUCUGAAUAAAAUGCCUGUGAGGCCUUCUGAAAAUCUUAACGCACUUGCUGAAAGAUUGAUAGAUAAACUGAAUGCAACGGAAUUAUAUAGAAGAUUCAGUGAAUCUGCAAACGUCACCAUUGAUGCUUUUGGCAAUGCCAUUCCUUCUCCUGGCCCCCCUUGUACGAACGCUCCGAAUAGUCCAACGUGUCCAUAUUUUAAAACACGAAUGAACCUCCUCCCAAGUAGCCCGUGUACACGCACUUUUCAGUCUGAUCGCACUGUGGAACACACACGCCCCCGUAGGACAUUCCCAUGUACCUUGAGCCCUGAAGACAUGGCUCACUUAGAGAGAAUCAGACGCAGAGCUUGCUUAUCACCUAAAUGUGUGUCGUCACUGUUGAAAAAUAAGCGGAACGCUGCAGUUGGACCAAAACCGGUGGAUACUGAAAGUCAAACGGACAUAAGGGCUAAUGCAGGCCCAGUUUGCCCGACUAACGACGACAGACAGCCUCGGCCGUGCCCAGGUGUGCAGACAAGUACGUCACGCGCGUCUGGUAUCCAGACAAAGAAUCGGCCCACUUCAAGCUGUAAUAUGCAAACUGAAGGGGAAGUGGAUCCACAAAUAAUCGUCAAAGAAUUCUACUGGGACAGCCCUGAUAACUCCAAGCGUAUGCCAUGUCAUCAAACCGGGCCGCAACCGUACCAGCAACCGGCUACUGGGCCAUGCAAUCUAUCGGGCACUGCUCCGUGCCAAUCACCUUAUUAUCCACCCAGUGGUUCCCCGUACCAACAAUCUGGCUCGCCUUACCAGUUAUCACCACCUCUGCAGCAGCCUGGUGCAUCUCUGUACCCACGAACUAGCCCAGGACCUAGCACUCUGAGUGGCACGUCGUCAUACUUGCCUUCAGGACCACCUUGCCAUCAAAUGGGCACAUCGCCAUUCCAAUCAUUUAGUCAUCGUCCUCCCCAUCAAACUGGCAGAUCACCCAGCCAUCCACCAAGCCGUCCACCCUGCCAUCCCCCGAGCCAUCCAUCUAGCAGAUCCCCCUGCCAUCGAUCCAGUUCGCCUCACUACACACCUGGCUCCUUCUCAAGCCAUCAGAACUACCUAUCUCCCCAAGCUAGUCCUACCCAUCAAGGACAAAGCAUUAGUGCACAAAGAAUGCCCUGUGACUUUUCAUCAUACAAGGCACCCCCUUCCCAUUCACAUCGGGAGAGUUGUUCACAAUGGUCGUCAAGAGGGUUUGACGACAGAACUUCACGCAGGUCUUCACCCUGUUCUCGGUCACCGCCAGCUAGUCCGCACUUGAGCCCGUUUUCAUCACCCUUCGGACCUAAUCACCAGUCCACACCGCUUAAUUCUCCUGGUUACUCAUGCAGACUUAGUGACUCUCGAAUGCAGAAGAGAGAUGGCCUUCAAGAUCAAAUCCCCUGCACGAGCAGCCGGCAGUCUAGGCGAGAACGUGUUAUUGAGUUAGGAUCUUUGGACGAUUUACGACAUCCACGACCGUCCAAAAAAAGGAACAGUAACAACUGGUCUAGCAAAUGUUCUGAUGAAGAGAACUCCUGGGGUUCACCCGUUAUGAGGCGAGUGAUUCUGGACGAAGGUAUAGAUGAACAACGUAUGAUGGAGAGGGAAUUAGGUCAAGGUCAAAGAGAAGAGAGAGUCAAGUGUAAGUGCAAGGACAGACUCUCUCUGAAGAGUACCCGAAGCCAGACGUUUCACACGCAGUGUGCGACGACUACCAGCGAAGAAGGGCAUAAUUCAAACCAUUUGACUAGAUGUUCAAAGUGCUGCGGUCUUCAUUGUCCAUAUCCAAGUUUUUUGUAUUUCCGAGAGUAAUUAUUACGUGAAUUUUGUGAUGUCUAAUUUUUGUUGUGGUGUUGUAUUUCAAUAAAAAAAAUGAA